UAGUACAUCUUCUUCACCAGUUCUCUCUUUCCACAUCCUCAGCUCCUCACUGUAGCUCUUGAAUCUUGAUUCAUCGCUUCUCCAGCACCCCACCCUCUCCCACCCCACCCUCACAGGGGUAUCCCACCCCAAUUUUGUCUCUCUUCGAUGUGGGAUUAUAUUUAUCAAUCUAUCUUUUUGGAAGGAGACGAAUCUUACUGUGGAUUAUAUAAAAGUACAACCUUAUGGCAUUUCACUGAACUAUAACUGGUAUGCUUCAAUCUUAUCUUGGUAAAGUAUAAUACGUUAAAAAUCCAUGCUUUCUUCAUGUAUUCGUUUUUAAAUGGACCCCAGAUGGCCAUCAAAAUCAAAGCUUUAUGUAUCCGGAGCUGAUCACAAUCCAAGAAUGCAAAAAAUUGGCAUAAUAGCAGUUUCUAUUGUUUUUAUCUUUGUAUUGAUUGGUGGGUGUUUUGUGUUUAGUCCUAGUUUGGUUUACAAUGUUGAGAAAAGUAGUAGUUCAUAUUUUACAGUUGUAGUGGAUUGUGGAAGCUCUGGUACAAGAGUUAAUAUUUAUGAGUGGAAAUUACAAGGUAGAUUGAAUAAUAAUGGAGAUUUGCCAAUUUUGCUGAAUACUUAUCCAGGGAACUUGACAAAGAGUGAUGGUUGUCAAUACCAUUGUAUGCAAACCGAGCCGGGUUUGGACAAAUUUGUUGGAAAUGCUUUCGGCGUUAGAUCAUCAUUGGAUCCUUUGCUUCAUUGGGCGGAGCGGUUGGUGCCACGGGAAAGACGGGAAUUCACUCCCAUUUUUGUUCUGGCUACUGCUGGAAUGAGGAAAUUACCAGUUGAGGAUGCUAGAGUGAUUUUGGAAGACGUCGCUGAUGUUGUAAAGGAUUUUGGUUUUUUAUAUAAGAAAGAUUGGAUUAGGGUGUUAAGCGGGAAGGAAGAGGCGUAUUAUGGUUGGAUUGCUCUAAAUUACAAGAUGGGAGUGUUGGGUAAUUCGUUAGGAUCACACACAUUGGGACUUCUCGAUUUAGGGGGUUCUUCAUUGCAGCUAGUAGUUGAAGUUGAUGAAUUGAAAAUUGAUAAUUAUGUCUUUAAUUCAAAGAUCGGUUCACCUGAGCAUCAGAUAGUACCAUACUCGUUACCAGCAUUCGGUUUGAAUGAAGCAUUUGACAGGACGGUUGUUAUGCUUAGUCGUACACAAGCACUUAAAGAAAGUCCUGGCGGCGCCUUUGAAGUGAGACAUCCGUGUCUUUGUUCUGGUUUUGUGCAAAACUAUACAUGCCUUAGUUGCUUUCAGAGAGAGCCUAUAAGUUCAGAUUUGGGAAGUCACAUCAAUGCAAAUGCUAUACUUCUGCUUGGAGAACCUAACUGGGAGAUGUGCAAAUCACUUACAAGGGCAGUUGCCACAAAUUCGAGUAGAGGUGAUUGGUCUUUAGUCCAUGAUCAUGCAAGUUGCAGUGGCUUGAGUUCAUAUGGCGGCAAUGAGUUGCUCAAUUUGAUGCUAAAUUCAAGCUCAGUUACUCGUUAUCAUGCAUUGUCUGGAUUUUUCGCUGUCUACCAGAUGUUAAAUUUGAGUCCAAGAGCAAACUUGACGAGAAUGUGGGAGACGGGUCAACAGUUAUGUUCCCAAUCAUGGGAAGAUCACCAAGGUAUUGGAGGAGCAUAUUGUUUCCGGUUUCUUUACAUGAUAUCACUGAUUCAAGAUGCUCUGUGUCUGAGUAAGCGCGAGAUCGUAUUUGGUCCUGGAGAUGUUUCUUGGACAUUAGGAGCUGCUCUAAUUGAAGGGCAAUACCUAUGGUCUGAUGCUACAAAAUACCAAUAUGGCAUUUUCUACCUAAAACAUAGCAAGAUGCUCUCUUCUUCAGUUGCUCUAUUUCUUCUACUUUUAUGCCUUCUAUUGAUUGUUUAUAGGAGUCAAAUUAAGCUGCCUAUGCCAGGAGGGAAGCCAACUGCUUCAAGGGCAUCCUUGCCCUCUUACAUAUAUUCCAAACGCCAGCCUAACUAAUCGCGCAUGAAUAUGUCACAUCCUCGCUCCCAAGGGUUAGCUCAAUUGGCAAAGGUUGAGGGAUACAUGUCUUAGCUCACAGGUUUAAGCCCUGCGCCAAGCGAAAUAACUCUGGUUUUUAAGUGAAGAAGAGUAGAGCAGCGGAGCGGACCCAUCAUCUCUGAGUUUAGAAGGCUGUGGUUGGCCCAAAGGAUCGGCUCCAAACAGAUUUUUCGCUCAUAAAAAAAUGUGUCACAUCUUCAUAUUCAAGGUAUAAAAUAUGCAUCUAUAUACUGUUCAACCUUUUUCUGUAAAAUAUUAAUUGCUUCAUUCGUCUUUCUUCAUGUGAUUAAGUUGAAUGAUCUUGUGCAGUCCGUUCCUUAAAUAAAUAUUAACUCGGCAGCAUGUCGCUUACAGUUGGUUGGAA